AGCACGGACCAAGGAAGUGCACGCCGGUGCUUGUAGUAGAGUUUUAAAAACGUGAUAUUCAACUCACAUUUACCUCUUGUUCUACUCAGCGUAUGAUCAGAUUCUUCCUCCUGCAAUGACAAAUGCACGAACAGACACGUUUUUGAUAACUGGGGGAUGUGGCUAUUUUGGUUAUCGCCUGGCAUGCUCCCUGCAUAAAAAAGGAGCCAAAAUCAUCCUGUUCGACACAAUCUCUCCAAAGCAAGAGCUGCCAGAGGACAUUGUGUUUGUUCAAGGAGAUAUUCGUGAGUAUGCACAAGUUGAGAAGGCCAUGGCUGGUGCAGACUGUGUAUUCCACCUGGCCUCCUAUGGCAUGUCUGGCAGGGAGCAGCUGAACCGGCACCUGAUCGAGGCGGUGAACGUUCAGGGCACACAGAACGUCCUGCAGGCCUGCAUUGAGCACGGAGUGUCCCGGCUCGUUUACACCAGCACCUUUAACGUGGUGUUCGGAGGCCAAGUGAUAGAGAACGGGGAUGAAAGCCUCCCUUAUCUUCCUCUGCACCUCCACCCCGACCACUACUCCAGAACCAAGUCUAUGGCGGAGAUGGCAGUGCUGAAAGCUAACGGCACAGCUCUGAAGGAAGGUGCCGGGGUGCUGAGAAGCUGUGCUCUGCGUCCUGCAGGGAUCUACGGGCCGGGCGAGCAGAGGCACCUGCCCAGGGUAGUUGGCUACAUAGAGAAGGGGAUCUUCAGGUUUGUGUACGGAGAUCCUAAGAGUUUGGUGGAGUUUGUGCAUGUGGACAACCUGGUGUCUGCACAUGAGCUCGCAGCGGAGGCUCUGACCUCAGAGAAGCAGCACCGAUCUUCUGGCCAGGCCUACUUUAUCUCAGAUGGCAAGCCCGUCAACAACUUUGAGUUCUUCAGACCUCUAGUUGAGGGUUUAGGGUAUCCUUUCCCCAAACUGCGCCUUCCCGUCUCUCUCAUCUACUUUGUGGCCUUCCUCACAGAGAUGAUUCACCUCCUCAUCGGGCCCGUCUAUAACUUCCAGCCCCUGUUGACACGUACAGAGGUGUAUAAGACCGGCGUGACACAUUACUUCAGCAUGGCCAAAGCCAAGGAGGAGCUCGGUUAUGAGCCCCAGGAGUACAACCUGGAUGAGGUGGUGCGAUGGUUCAGAAGCAGAGGCCAUGGGAAGAAAUCUCAAAGCUCCGUCUUCGGUCGAUUGAUACUGGACUUCCUGAUUUGUGCUGCCCUUGUUGCUGUGGCUCUGUCUUUUCUUCCAUUUGUUGGCAGUUGAUAAGCAGCUAAACAAAACAAAUCAGGCGUCUUAAGAUCCAUGGACACAUUUGAUUACAUAAUCAGUCGGUACAUGGCAGGUGCUUCAGACUUAAACACACCUUUUUAUACAGCCAACAAAUGUGAACAUAAGUAAAUGGUCUCUGUACCUUAAAGUCUUAAUUUAACAUCCUAUAUGGCUGUUGUUAGAAAUACUACCUCUUUUUACCAUAAGCUUCGAAAUAAUACAGACAUGUUUUCUGAUGCUGCUUUUGUGGAGCUGUAAUAAAUAAAAUACAAAAGAAUGUUCUGAAAACUAUA